AUGAUCAAGCCAGGAGAUACGGAAGAAAGCAGUGCGUCCUCCUCUGCCAUUCUUGUGGAAAGCAGCAGCAGCAGCAGCAGCAUGGAAGAAUUAUCAUCAUCAUCAUCAGCUAGUCCAAUAUCUUCUUCUUUGGACCAGCAGUCUCCCAACAACAAUAACAACAACAACAAUAAUAAUAAUACAUCAGCGAUGGACAACAAUGCAAGUGCAUUGCCAGCUCAAACGGAAGGGAGGCAAGCACCAAAGGAGGAGUCUCUCCUGGAACGACUGAGAGCCAAGAACCGAGAAUGGCACAAGAAGGGAUUGUGCAUGUUUCUUCUCAUUGUGGUGGUGGUGCUCUUGAUUUUGGACUCGACCAAGUUUUGCAUCAUCCCAAUGCUGCUCAGUGAUUUUUUGGAAUGGGUCGAGCAGAAUCCCAUUCCAGGAAUCUUUGCAUUUAUGAUUGUCUUUUUGGUAGCGACCGUGUUAUUGAUACCUGGAGCCAUUUUGACGUUAGGUGCUGGCUAUGUCUUUGCGAAUGCCUUUGGUAUUUCCAAAGGUGUCUUGUUGGGUUCCAUCUCUUCCUUUCUUGGAGCCGUAGCAGGCUCUUUGGUUUCCUUCCUCUUGGGACGAUACUUUUUGAGCGGAUGGGUCAGCCGGAUGUCGACCAAAUACGACACCUUUCAAGCGUUGACCACAGCCAUGGAAGAAAAGGGCCUCCGGAUCAUGAUACUCUUACGCUUAUCACCGGCCUUGCCGUACAAUAUUUUGAACUACCUGUCGGCAGUUACGGGCAUUAGCAUCAUGGAAUAUACCGUGUCCCUUCUAGCCUUGUUGCCAGGAACGGUCCUCUAUGUCUUUUUGGGUGCUUCGGCUGGAAGCUUGGCCAGUACAAACGAAAGCGGCAAUGGCUCUACGACUACGACAAUUGUGAUUGUGACUAGCAUUGUCUUUGGAAUCGCUGCGAUUGGACUGACAUCCUACUACGCAAAGCGAGAGCUCAACAAGAUUACCGAACGCAAACGGAGGAUCCAAGCCUUGUCGGUUACUGAGGUCUUGUCGCCCGAAGAUUUGAACUCAUCAUCCAGUGGCUUUGAGACUGCUCCAGCCAUGGAAGAAGGGGAAGGUGAACAUGAAGAGGGAGAAGAAGAAAGUCUGGAGACUAUAUAG